AUGGCCGAAGGUAUCGACAGAAAUGCAGAUGAGCGGAUGGAGUUUUCGACUUCGAAAGAAGUCACGGUCGCGCCAACCUUUGAGGAUAUGCACCUCAAGGAGAACCUCCUCCGUGGAAUCUACGCGUAUGGCUACGAAUCACCCUCAGCCGUUCAAUCACGCGCCAUUGUGCAAAUCUGCAAAGGAAGAGACACGAUUGCGCAGGCGCAAUCAGGCACUGGCAAAACCGCGACCUUUGCGAUCAGCAUUCUUCAAAUCAUCGAAACAUCCGUCCGUGAGACACAAGCCCUAGUUCUGUCCCCAACCCGCGAACUGGCGACCCAAAUUCAAAGCGUCAUCAUGGCCCUCGGAGACUACAUGAACGUGCAAUGUCAUGCCUGUAUUGGAGGCACAAACGUCGGUGAAGACAUCAGAAAACUCGACUACGGGCAACAUGUUGUGUCGGGUACACCUGGGCGAGUGGCAGACAUGAUUCGAAGACGGAAUCUCCGCACACGACACAUCAAGAUGCUGGUGCUGGACGAAGCAGACGAACUCCUCAACCGCGGCUUCAGAGAACAGAUUUAUGACGUCUAUCGAUAUCUCCCCCCCGCCACACAGGUCGUAGUGGUCUCUGCCACCCUUCCCUACGACGUGCUGGACAUGACCACGAAAUUCAUGACCGACCCCGUCCGCAUCCUGGUUAAGCGUGAUGAGCUCACCCUCGAAGGCCUCAAGCAAUAUUUCAUUGCUGUUGAAAAAGAAGAGUGGAAAUUUGACACACUGUGCGAUCUCUACGACACUCUCACAAUCACUCAGGCGGUCAUCUUCUGCAACACCCGCCGCAAGGUCGACUGGCUGACCGACAAGAUGCGCGAGGCGAAUUUUACAGUGAGCAGCAUGCACGGCGAAAUGCCACAAAAGGAACGCGACAGCAUCAUGUCCGACUUCAGGCAGGGCAACAGCCGAGUCCUCAUUAGUACUGACGUCUGGGCUCGCGGCAUCGACGUCCAACAGGUCAGUCUGGUCAUCAACUACGACCUGCCCAGCAACCGAGAGAAUUACAUCCACAGAAUCGGGCGCAGCGGAAGGUUCGGCCGCAAGGGCGUGGCGAUCAACUUCGUCACCAGCGAGGACGUCCGCAUCCUACGGGAUAUCGAGCUCUACUACUCGACGCAGAUUGACGAGAUGCCCAUGAACGUCGCCGACUUGUUGACUUAG